AUGGUCAGCAUUUGGCCACCGUUUCCGAGGCUGCCGGUGUACCUCCUGAUCCUUCUCUUCUCACCUGCCAAAGGUGUGAAACUGUUCUUCAUCCCGGCUUUAAUUCAACUGUACGAAUUGAGAAGAAUAGAUCAUAGGUCAGACACAGGCAAAAGAAGUUUGGCAACAUCGCCCAAAACAAUGUCGUGUACAAGUGCCAUUUCUAUUCACAUCAGAAUAUCAAGAGAGGUACCCCCUAAGGGACAUUUGAAAAAAAUAUGCCUGGCAAAAGAUAAACCAUCAUUAACAGGGAGUAUGUUUCGUACUUAUAUAGGGAUUAGGCCUUAA